CUUGGCGAGUUUUUGAACGUUACGACACGUGAGGAGUUUUUGAGAGAGGAUUCUACUUUAACUAACCAUUGGAUUUAUAUAAUUCGAGUUAUUUAUAAGCUCUUGGUGUUGGAAAAUGCUUAAUUUGACAGAAGAAAUAACUGAGCCCUCAUCUAUAUAUAUUACAGAUGAAGAUCAGAAAAGAGCUGGUGACGUUUUUCUGGCUUAUAAUGAAUUUACCAAACCAGUGCAUGAAACGCCAAAAAAACCACAACCUAAACAUACUGGAAUUAGAAAUGUUUUGAUUACAUCAGCACUACCUUAUGUAAACAAUGUACCUCAUUUAGGCAACAUGAUUGGAUCGACUUUGAGUGCAAGUGUGUUCGCUUUGUACUGUGAUUUGGCUGGAUAUAAUGUUCUGUCUAUUUGUGGCACUGAUGAAUAUGGAACUGCUACUGAAGCAAAAGCAGUCUCAGAGAAUAUGACUCCACGUCAGAUUUGUGAUAAGUUUCAUAAGUUGCAUUGUGAUAUAUAUAAAUGGUUUCAAAUUGAAUUCGAUUAUUUUGGACGAACUACUACAGAUAAGCAUACCGAAAUAGUUCAAGAGAUGUUUAAACGCCUGUGGGAUAGAGGUUUUAUCACUGAAGAUUCUGUUGAACAGUUGUACUGCGAAAAAUGCGCCAAAUUUCUUGCAGAUCGCUUUGUUGAAGGAGUUUGUCCUUUGUGUAAAUACGAUGACGCACGAGGCGAUCAAUGUGAUAAAUGUGGGCGUCUUAUGAAUGCUGUUGAAUUAAUUGAACCACGUUGUAAGAUAUGUUCUCAAAAGCCUGUGAUUCGUUCUUCACGCCAUUUGUUUCUUAAUCUUCCAAAGAUUGAAAACCAGUUGAAUACAUUCGUUGAACAACGUAUUAACGAUUCUUCUUGUGUAUGGACAUCGAAUGCUUGUACUAUAUCAAGUUCAUGGUUAAGAGAUGGUUUAAAGCCAAGAUGUAUUACACGUGAUUUGCAUUGGGGUGUUCCAGUUCCAUUAGAAGCAUAUAAAGAUAAGGUGUUUUAUGUUUGGUUUGAUGCACCUAUUGGUUAUAUGUCAAUCACUGCAAACUAUACAAAACACUGGAAACAAUGGUGGCAACCAUCUGAUGAUAAUGAAAUUGAAUUAUUUCAAUUUAUGGCAAAAGAUAAUGUUCCAUUUCAUGCUAUUAUAUUUCCUGCAUGUUUGUUAGCAGCUGAUGCUGGUUAUACUCUUGUAAAACAUUUAUUAUCAACAGAGUAUAUGAAUUAUGAAAAUACGAAAUUUUCCAAAAGUCGUGGAAUCGGUGUAUUUGGUGAUGAUGCAAUCAAAUCCGGUGUUGUAUCAGAUGUUUGGCGAUUUUAUUUAUUAUAUCGGAGACCUGAAUCACAAGAUAGUGCUUUUAUUUGGGAUGAUUUUAUGUUGGUGAAUAAUUCAGAGCUGUUGAAUAAUUUAGGCAAUUUUGUUAAUCGAUCUCUUUCUUUUGUAUCACGAUUUUUCGAUUCAAUCAUCCCGUCAAUAACAAACUUAGAACCUGUUGAUACUGAAUUCUUGGCUAGAGUUAAUAAACUCUUCGCUAUCUAUAUACGUAAUAUGGAAUCAUGUCAUCUCCGAGACGCUAUUCGAAAUGUAUUGACAAUUUCUCGUCUUGGUAAUGGCUACUUUCAAGCUAAUCAACCAUGGGUUACUGUGAAAAAACCAGAAACUAAGUCGCGUUCUGGUGUUGUGAUAAGCAUUGCUGCAAAUAUUGCCUGUAUUCUUGGUGCCAUGAUUUAUCCUUACAUGCCUACAAUUGGAAAACAGAUUUGGAUUGAACAGUGUGAUCUUCCGGAAUCCCAACUGAGUUUUGUGCAGAUUAUUAAAAAUGAGUUUACAGUUAAGAGAGUACUACCUGAUGGUCAUCGUAUUGGAAAGCCAGUUCCUCUUUUCCGAAAAAUAGAUUCUGAUGAAAUUAAACGUUUAUCUGCAGUGUACGGUGGUUCAUCUAGUACGUUAGUGAACAAUGGGGACAAUAAGAAGUAAUAAAUAUUGGUAAUGCUUAUCAUAUGACUAUCCUGAAAAAUCAUUUUACAUGACAGUUAUUAUAUCCAAGAUAUUUAUGCUAACUAUCGCUUGCCUUAUAAUCAUUAUGUACUUUAUCAGAUAAAUGUACUUCUUUAUGUGUUA